UGUUGUUAUUUGAUAUUUACAUAAAAGGAAUGGUGGUGUUUAAUAUGUAAAUAAUGACGGUAACCGUAGUUUAGUUAAGCUAAAUGAAUUUUAUAACUUAAUAAGAUUUUGAAAAAUAGAAGCAAUGAGUGGUGGUGUAGUACCCAGCAAAUCAACUGUUUAUAUUUCAAACUUACCUUUCUCGUUAACAAACAAUGAUAUACAUCAACUAUUACAAAGUUAUGGAAAAAUUGUAAAAGUAACAGUAAUGAAAGACAAAAUUACACGACGGAGUCGUGGUGUUGCAUUUGUAUUAUUUCUUACUCCAGAAGAUGCAUUUUCCUGUGCUAAGGGUUUGAAUAAUACAGAGAUAGGUGGUCGUACGAUAAAAAGUUCCAUAGCGGUAGAUAAUGGACGCAGUACUGAAUUUAUUCGUAGAAGAGACUAUCCAGAUAAAUCUCAAUGUUACGAAUGUGGAGAAGAAGGCCAUUUAUCAUAUAACUGCAGGAAUAAUACAUUAGGUCCAAGAAACCCACCAUUAAAAAAAAUUAGAAUCAGAAAGAAGCACAAGAGUACUAAUAGUCCAAGAACAAAUGAUUUUAGUAAAAAUAGUGAUGAUGAAUUAGUAGAAGAUAAUUGGGAAGAAGAAGUAGAAACAUUAAGUGCUGCAAUUGCAUUCGAGCAAAGACAAAAGGAAUUAGAAAACAGCCAAAGAGUAGGAAAAGGAUAUGAUGAAGAGGAUAGAUCAACUCAGAAAUCAGGAAAACGAUAUAAAAAGAAUCAGUAUUUCAGUGAUGAGGAAGAUUUUAGCGAAUGAAAUGUCAAUUAUGAGGACUGAUAAAGAUAUCGAAGUAAUAUAAAUAAAUGCUGAAUAUUGCUGGGAAAUUGUAAUAUAAUGCAAUUUAAAGGAUAUUU